AUGGACCCCCAUUCUUGGCACUACUAUAUAUAUAUAUGCAUCUAUAAAAGGAACAAUUUCUAUAUUUGUACAUAUUACUAUCCAUCUAUAGGUAUUCUAACAGAUCAAGUUUGUGAUAUUGUUGGAAGAAAGGUUAGAGAAAUAGAUUCGAUACGCAUAAUGACGAUUAAUAACGAACAUGGAAGUUUGUUGGUACGUCGACUCACACAUAGAUAUGGAACGGUGCAAAAGAGUGAUGAGUUCCCGUUAACUACAGAACAACUGAAUGAGUUGCACAGUCCAAAAUCUCUUAAGAUGUUCAAUAAAUUGUUUCAAGGAAAGGAAGAAAAUCUGUACAAAUUUCUAAGGACAGAUAAGACGAAAGGGAUAACAAUCCCUGAUGAUAAAUCUUAUACAAAGGAAGAAAGAUACAUGAUCUAUAGUGAUAAUAGAAUCCCUGAAAGAGUCGGGAAAACUUUUUUACAAUUGGUAUGGGAAGCACUUCAUGAUAAGACAAUGAUAUUGUUGACAGGUGCUGCAAUUGUAUCGUUUCUGUUGGGUCUUUAUGAACUAAUAUAUCAACCACCACAGUAUGAUCCCGAGGGAAACCCUAUCAGACAAGUGGAUUGGAUUGAAGGUAUUGCGAUUAUGACUGCUGUCGUGGUCGUGGUCUUUGUAGGUGCUUUGAAUGACUACCAAAAAGAAUUACAAUUUGCAAGAUUGAAUAAGAAGAAAGAAGAUCGUGACAUCAUUGUUAUUAGAAAUGGAAAUGAAAUUCUGAUUUCUAUUCAUGAUAUCCUAGUGGGUGAUAUCAUUAACUUACAGACUGGCGAUGUGGUGCCUGCAGACUCAAUUUUAAUCUCGGGGACUUGUGAAGCAGAUGAAUCUUCAAUGACUGGGGAAUCAGAUACUAUUAAAAAAAUCGAUUUGACUACCUCACUUAAAUUAUAUGAGGAAUUGAAACAACGUGAUCCUCAAAAUACAACUUUGGAUAUCGGUUAUUCAACAAAGGAUGGUGAUAAAGUCCCAGAUUGUAUAUUGAUUUCAGGUUCAAAAUUAUUAUCAGGUCUUGGUAAAGCUGUGGUGACUGCUGUAGGUACAAAUUCCAUUUAUGGUAGCACCAUGAUGUCUUUGAAAGUGGAACCUGAUCCAACUCCUUUACAAGAACGUCUAAGUCAAUUGGCAGACAGUAUCUCAGUGUAUGGUUGCGUUGCUGCAAUGAUAUUAUUUUUGGUUCUUUUCUUUAGAUUCUUAGUCUAUACUAUGGUGCCUGGUGGUAGAUUCCAUGAUUUAGAUCCAGCUCAAAAGGGUAGUAAGUUCAUGAACAUUUUUAUUACAGCUGUGACAAUUAUUGUAGUUGCUGUACCUGAAGGUUUACCAUUAGCAGUCACUUUAGCAUUAGCCUUUGCAACAACAAGGAUGACUAAGGAUGGUAAUUUGGUUAGAAACUUGAGAGCUUGUGAAACUAUGGGUUCUGCCACUGCUGUUUGUUCCGAUAAAACAGGUACCUUGACAGAAAAUAUUAUGAGUAUUGUAAGAGGUGUAUUUGGAGAUUCUCAUUUUGAUGAUGGAGACUAUGAUAGGACUACGCAACAGACCUCUCAUGACAUCUUUAACAAACAGGGGCAAUAUUGUUCAAAAGAAUUGAAAAAUGUGGUACUGUCAAACAUUGUAUUGAACUCUACUGCAUUUGAGAAUAAAGAUUAUUCUCCUGAGCAUGAUGAUGAACAAAGUGGUAAUCAAGGAACUGUAGACCAUGAGGAUUUGAUGACUUCCAUUGAAAGGGGUAGAAUUGAAGCAUAUAUUGGUUCAAAGACUGAGACUGCAUUAUUGAAUAUGUCAAGAAAAGCAUUAGGUAUGCAAUUUGGUAAUUUACAAGAGAUGAGAACUAAAACUAAUGAAUUUUUCCAAAUAGAGAAGAUUGUACAGGUAAUUCCUUUUGAAAGUUCUCGUAAAUGGGCAGGUGUUGUCGUGAAGUUGCAAGGUUCAGACACUUAUAGAUUUUUCGUCAAGGGUGCUGCUGAGAUUGUCUCUAAUUCUUGUAGAUACAAGACCCUUUCAAACAACAAUACUGUGGAAUUAAAUGAUGGUCUUUUGACUGAUAUUAAAGAGGAAAUUAAUAAACUUGCAGUAGAUGCAUUAAGAGCUAUUUCCUUAGCACAUAGAGACUUUUUGAAUUGUAAAUCAUGGCCACCAAAGGAGUUCCUAAAUAAUACUGAAGACAACGAGGAAAAUGUUGAGGCUUCCCCAGAAUUAUUAUUAGGGAAAGUAUUAAAAGAAAACAAUGGUAAGGACUCCAUGACUUUGGAUGGUAUUGUUGGUAUUCAGGAUCCUUUACGUAAAGGUGUCAGAGACUCUGUUUUGCAAUGUCAACGUGCCGGUGUGACAAUUCGUAUGGUUACAGGUGAUAACAUUACUACAGCUAGAGCUAUUGCUAGAAAUUGUAAUAUUCUAACCCCUGAAAAUUUUGCUGAAUCUGGUCGUGCUAUGGAAGGUCCCCAAUUCCGUAAAUUAACUAAAGAAGAGCGUAUUGAGAUUCUACCAAACCUAAGAGUAUUGGCUAGAUCUUCCCCAGAAGAUAAAAGGAUCCUUGUUGAAACAUUGAAAGGGAUGGGUAAUGUUGUUGCUGCUACUGGUGAUGGUACUAAUGAUGCACCUGCUUUGAAAUUGGCCGAUGUUGGUUUUUCUAUGGGUAUAUCUGGUACAGAAGUCGCAAGAGAAGCUUCUGAUAUUAUUUUAAUGACAGACGAUUUCUCUGCUAUUGUUGAUGCCAUUAAAUGGGGUAGAUGUGUUUCUAUUUCAAUUAAAAAAUUUAUUCAAUUUCAAUUGAUUGUUAAUGUUACAGCUGUCAUUUUGACUUUUGUCUCUUCUGUAGCCUCUGAGGAUGAAACAUCUGUGUUGACUGCAGUCCAAUUACUAUGGGUUAAUUUAAUUAUGGAUACUUUGGCUGCUCUUGCAUUGGCUACUGAUAAACCAGAUCCAAGUAUUAUGGAGAGGAAACCAAGAGGCCGUAGUACACCAUUGAUUACCCCAUCUACUUGGAAGAUGAUUCUCGGACAAGCUACACUACAGCUGGUCAUCACAUUUAUAUUACAUUUUGGUGGUCAAAAGAUCUUCUUCCCUAAUGACAAGACUAUUACUGGUUUCCAACAACAACAGUUGAACGCAAUGACAUUCAACACAUUUGUUUGGUUACAAUUUUUCACACUUAUUGUGUCUAGAAAAUUAGAUGAAGGUGAUGGCAUAACAAGCUGGAGAGAAAGAAUGACUAAAAUAAACUUGGAUUUCUUCCAAGAUCUAUUCAGAAAUUAUUAUUUCUUAACUGUUAUGGCUUUAAUUGGCUCUUGCCAGGUUCUUAUUAUGUUUUAUGGUGGUGCACCUUUCUCAAUUGCUCCACAGACACCUGCUAUGUGGAAGACAGCUGUGCUUUGCGGUACUUUAUCCCUUCCUAUCGGUAUUUUAAUUAGAAUAAUACCAGAUGAGGUCGCUAUGACGAUUUUCCCACGUCGUUUGUUCGAUAAAUUGAACUAUUAUGUGAGCUUUGAAUUCCUAAGACAUAAACAAGGAACUCCUUCUGACGAAGAAUCUCUUCUCCCAGAAACUGAUGAAGAAGCAUUUUCUUCUAGUGCUAGUGCAUUUUACUAG